AUCUAAUAUCUAAACUAUCCAUAUUUUAUUUUCCAAAAAUUCUUCACCGACACGCGCGUGUCGUUUAUAACAAUCUUGAGCACAUUAUCAUACUGUCAAACGUGAAGCUGUCACACUGCACGUGUGGUUCCAAACAAACAUCUGCAACCCAAAAGCACCGGCUUCGAAAAUGAACUUAAAACCGUAUCGUCUUUUUAUCGGUAACAUUCCAGCCGGAACUACCGAACAGGAGUUAAGUAAAGAAUUCAGUGCAUACGGCAACGUAGAGUCGUUAGAGAUCAAAACGAAAACUAACCCGCUCAAUGAUUCCGUUGAUACAUUCGGUUUCGUAACUCUUCAAACCGAGGACCACAUCGUACCCCAAUGCAUCAAGGAGUUUCAACAACAAAAGUAUAAAGGAUUUUACUUGAAUGUAUCCCGAGCAAAGGAAUCGUUUUUGGAGAAAUUGAAACGUGAACGAGAGGAAGCUGAAGCUCAGAAAAAUAAUACCUCACUUUUGGAUCCAUAUAAAAAAUCAGAAGAGGCCAAGCUUGCAAAAAACACUGUAACACCUCUUCCUACAUUACCAACGUUAGGUAAAGCCAACGAAAGCAGUUCCUCUGAUAGCUCGGAAUCGGAAAGCGAUGACGAAGCAUCAUCAGUGAAAGCGAAACCGUUGGCAGUAACUCGUGAUAGUAGACCACAGCCACCAAAAGAGCAAGAUGAAAUAGUGAAAAAGUGGAAUCAAGAGACGUACAUCGAGUAUGGAAAACUAAAAAUUCUUCCAGUUACUGGGCAGGUAGCGGAUGUAAUCGACCGAUCCAAACCACACCAGAAGCGAUCGGAGGAUAAAAAGCUUGGCGAGAACGCUCGUUUAGCAGAUGAAAAACGUAAACAAGGUCUGAAUAACUUAAAAUCUGCUUAUGAGCAACAAAAGCUAGCGAUUAAAAAUGCUCUCGCUGGUGAACCGCAAAAUAGUAAGAAAAAAAUUACAUUUGAGGAUGAUGAGUAUGACAUAUCGGAAGGCAAGAAACUGUCCCUAUUCGGUGCCCAGGAAGAGGAAGAUGAUGGUUUCCAGGGAAAUUUCUCCUUACGGAAGCAGAUGGUCGGGGAAGAAGGUCAAAAGUUGUAUGAAAUGCAAACGUCCUACCAGGCGGAUAAUCGGUUUCGUUUGGAUGCUCGAUUUUUGGAAGAUGCAGAUAAGUCCGCAGAAAAAAAGUCACUACAGGCUAAAGGAAAGGAUAAGGAACGGAUGAAACAAUUGGAGAUCCUUUCAAAAGUUACCGGCAAACCAAUCAGUGUAGAUGAUCGAGUUGAUAGUACAAACGCACUACAAAUGCAACGUUUCGAUCCUUUGCAACAAACGGCGCCGAAUCAAAAUGAUAAACCAGAACCUAAAGUACCAAUGUCUGAAAGGAAAAAAGCCGAUCGUCGUGAAAAUGAUUUUCAUGUUUCUGAUGAAAAGUUUUACAAGGUGGCGGAUAAUUUCGUCAUUUCGUCCCAGCACCAAACCCAAGGAUUUAGUUUAUUAUCAAUGCUAGGAAGAGCAACGAAGAGCAAUGAUAAUACGAUGAAAUCAGAUACUGCACUAUACGACAAACCACUGAAAAGUGAUACCCGUUUCCGGUACGAAUCUUCCGACAGUGAAGAUGAGCAGAAUCGCAAGAAACAAAAGAAGCAGAAAAUCGAAAAAAAGAAACCCGGGAAGGAAAAAAAGGGGAAGGAUGAUUCAAACCAAUCGACAUCAGGAUACUAUACGAAGCAGGGCAUAUGGAAAGAAAGCUUUUUCUUCCUGCCCAAUGAUUCACGUCUCGAUGUUGGUCGAGAAUUUCUUGGCUUUGUUUCUGGCGAAGACGGAAACGUGAAAAGUGCUAAGGAAGCGGUUGCUGGUUUAACGGAUACCGAUAUUCUAAACGUUCGUCUAUUGUAUAAGAAACGCAGAUAUCGCGAAAACAGAUUCGUACAAAAAGAAUCUAAACUAGGCUUUAGACGGUUGCAAAAGAAAACUAUGACGUUACGGAGCAAGAUCAACAAACCGAAGUAAUUAAACUAUUUUAAUUGCAUGGUCCCAAACAAGAGGCAUCUUUGCCAAAGGUUCAAUAAACGCCUUACGUUACACGAUAAGCUAACUGAA